AUGAGCGCCGCGACUGCCAAGGCCGGGAAGGCGGGCGAGGAGGCGUCCGGGGCCGGUGGGAGCCUCUCCGGGGCGCCCCCGCCGGACUGGCCGCGGCUGCCCAACGAAGUGCUGGCGCUGAUCCUGAGCUGGCUGCCGCCCGAGACGCUGGCCACGCGCUGCCGGCUGGUCUGCCGGCGCUGGAGGGACCUGCUGGACGGCCCCGCCGUCUGGAAGCUCCAGUGGCGCAGGGAGCCCGCCAUGCGCGCCGUCCUCCAGGCCGCCUCCCGCUGCCCCCGCCUGCAGUGGAGCCGCCUGGCCGUCCUGCGGCCGCUGGGCAGGAACCUCGUGCGAAACCCCUGCGGGAGAGUUCGACACUGGAGCGUCCAAUGCGAGUUUCCUGGUUGGAAUGACGGCUGGAACUUGGAAGAGAACCGGGCCCCGUUGGAAGGCGCUGAGGACCAGACCUGCUUUGCCUCCUCCUUCGAGUGGUGUCAGAAGGAGCAGGUCAUCGAUUUGCUGAAGGAGGGCUUCUGGCAGGAUCUGCUGGACACUUACCAGCCUGACAUUGUGGUCUCGGACUGGUGGGGUGGCUGCCAGGACUGUGGCAAUGAAUAUGAGCUCUAUGUUGCCCUCUUGGCAGCUAAUAAAAAAAGGAAGAUUGGUGUUUUUGAAGCCAAACCAAAUCCCAGACCUCUAAGCAUGGACCCCUCAUACCAAAAGGUAACCCACACAUUCAGACAAUAUGGCCCUGGAGUCCGCUACAUCCUCUUUCGGCACAGAGGGAAGCACACGGAGUUCUGGAAAGGACAUGACGGUGCCCGGAUGACAAACUCUUCCGUGGUAAUCCAGUUUUCCUCGGAGUCUGCAGAAUCCCUGGAGCCUGGACUCUCUUCCGCCCCAACUUCCCAGCUCUCCAGCCCCGUUUUGCCUCCGAAAUCGUAUUUCUGAACUGGCGAAAAAUGAGUGUGAGGAAUCCCAGGCAUAUUCCUGUAUAUAUCAUUUAAAAUAAACCCUUCUUGCAAAGCUGUCAA